UGUUUCCAGUAAAAACAUGAUUUUGUUAACAUACAGAAACAUCCAUCAACUAUAACGGACGACUCUUCUUCUGUUGAACAAAUUGGAUAUUAAACCAAAGAAUCACCUGAAGGGUUUUGGCAACUAGCAAAAUAUUUCAAAAUCUAACCACACUAUUGUGGUGAUUAAAAAACCAUGGUAUUAAAGAAUUAAGAUGCGUAAUUAAGUAUGAUAUCCAACACAAAACAGCAUUCUGUGUCACCUUGGCAAUGCCAAAUGUCAUUGAGUCCAAGACAAAACCCUAAUCAUAAUAGUUUCGAUGAAUAUUUUAAUGACACACCAAGCAAAGACAUUGUUAACGAAAGUAAUUUUAACUACAAAGUUGAACAUGACAGUGCUGAGUUAAACCAAGCUCAAUCUAAUUUAGAAGAAGUUAAAAAUAGUAAGAAUGUUGCAGAUAGUGUGUUGUUUGAAAGAAUUGUUCCUCAAACUGUAAAACGAAUGUGGGUAAAAGCUGCUGACCCUAGCAUUGAUUACAAUAUAAAUAUUGAGCACAACAUUCAUCAAAAUAUGCUUCGUUACAACAACCAACAUCAAAAGCUUGAUAAAAGAAUAUCACAUGAGAUUGGUGAUGUUUUUAUAUCACAUGAUAUUGUAAAAGAGGAAAAGCGAAAGGAAAAGAUCAAGCAGCAGAAAAAAAAUGAAAGUAUUGUUGAUAGUUCUGAAUUACCUGUAGCUCGUAAUAAAUGGGGCAUAAAUCUACGACAUGUUCCUAUUAAAGAGUCUAAAAAUGAAGACCAUUUACCAUAUGGUUUUCCUAGGUUACGAAGACUUUCUAUUGGUGAGAAACAGAGACCCAAUUCUGUAUCUGAACAAUCUUUUAACCAGAAAGAAUUUACCAACAUUCGUCGUGCCAAAUCUACAGAGAUUUUAAAUAAUAAUGACACAACUGACAAUUGUGUGGUAGAUAUAGAAAAAUUGAAUAACAACGUUACAGAAGAAGAAAGCCCAAAAUUGUCUGUUUUAGAAAGAAUGAAGAAUUUUCAAAAUAAUUCAUAUAAACCACAAGAUUUUGAUAAAUAUGCCCAUUUUCGCACUAAUCGUUCGAAAAGUCCCUUAAAUAGUAAUGCGCCUAUGUUCUUUCAAGGUGAAAAGUCUACAAGCUAUCCUGAUCCAGUUAUAAAGAAGAAUAGUAGUGUGUCAAAUCAUGAAAAUAAUCGAAUACGUCGACGAAGUUUGGUGGACUUGUUAAAAAAAGAUGAACUAAGUUUAUCAGUGGAUGUUGUUGAUAAGAGGAUUCAGGAAAAUAGUAUAGCUAAACGUAAAGAGAAAAACAUAUCCAAUGAUGAACACAGCAUUGUAAUUGCUUCUCCGAAAAAUAAAGAAUCAGCUGUUACUGAUCAUACCUCACACCAUGAAGUUGAGUUAAAAACCAAUGGAUCAAAAAAUGACAGUGUUUUUGAAAAUAGUGUCCAUAAUUCCAAUAGUGGUGUAAUUGCUUCUCCAAAGAACAAUACAGAGGUUGAUUAUUUCACAAAUAAUCAGGUUGAGUUAAAACCCAGUAUACACGAACCGAAGAAAAAUCAUAAUUCUUUUGAAAAUGGUGUCCAUAAUUUCAACAGUAAUAAGGCAGACUCAGCUAUUUACCAUCAAACCAAAAGUAAAAAUAUUAUACAAACCCAAACGCCAAGUGUCAAACCUACUAAAUCUAAACCCAUUCAUGACAAGUCUUUGAAAGAAAAUUUUCUGCAAGGCAAAGAAUUUGAUACUCCAUUGGAUAACGCAGGUACACCAUCACCACAACAAAAAGCUAAAAUUGUAAGAAAGAUUUUUGCAAGUGCCCCUGUUAAUAAUAAUAACAAUAAUAACAGCCAUAUUCAAAACUCUUCUAAAGCAUCACCUAAAGCAUCUCCUAAAACAGAGUAUCAUUUUAAGGUUGAUAAGAAAAUUGAUUCACAGCCACAACAAAGUUCUGGCAAUCCUAAUAUCAAGUACAAUAAACUUGGACAAGUUGUUUUAACUAAUCUAGAGCCACAACAACCACAAGAAAAUCAUAAAUUGAAGGAAGUAGAGAAUAGUAAGACGUCUAAAUUAACAAGUCCUGUCCCAGUACCUCAGUCAGCUAAACAUGGCCAACCAGAACAACCUGUUGAUAGAGAGAAACACAAAAUUGGAAAUCACUCUGAAAAAGGUGCCAGGCAUAACUCAUUUGAUAUUUCUGUGUCUACAUCUGGAAACAAGAUUUCCACUUCAAAGAGUACUGCAGAAGAUGUAAAAAUAAAUCCGCCAAAAAUGGUUUCUGUACAAAGACAGCAAGUAUUGCCAAAAUCUCUUCCAUCCACCACAAAUCAUCAGACAGAGCCACUGCCAUCUCUGAGUCAGCAAAAACGUAGAGUGGGAAAACUUAUUAUAAUGACAGGAGAUCAGCGUGACGAACAGCUUCGGAAUAAAUCUUCCAACAAAAACUCUGCUGUUGGUGGUGUACGGCAAGUUUCAUUAAAAAGAGAAGUUGUAGAGAAUCCUAAAAACCCAAUUCAAGGAUUGGCUUUGACAUUUAUGUCUAAUGAACUUGAUGAACUAGACGAAGACCCAAAUCUGCCUCCACCUAAAGUUCCAAAAAUAAUCUUUAAUUCACCAGUAGAGAGUGUCAAAUCAAUUAUGUCAUCAGGUGUUAACAGAAAUAAAAACAGAAAGACUGCGAAAGUUGCAUUCAGCACAAAGAAUUUAGCCACAAUCUACUCAUAUCCUGCAGAAUCUUCAUAUUAUUACGACGAAUUAGCUGACGAAGGCAAUCCAAACUCCUCUGCUCCGCCGUCAGGUUUAAGUGGUUACCAACCGAGCUCCGUCAAUGACCUUGGCACUGUUAUACAAAGAGAAAGAGAUCGACUUAAUUUCUCAACAUCACCAAAUGGAGAGGCGAGCUCUCCUCCGCCUGUUAUUCAAUAUUCUACAGAAGGUGAUCACUUCAACACGCAUAAUAACCAGGAGGGAGGGCAUGCGAUGUUAUUUUAAUAACGUGUAUAUAAAAAAGUUGAAUUUUCAUUGCAUUUCUGAUUAAAUAUGUACCUACGCGAGUGUAUAUACUCUUCUAUCUGGCAAUACCAAUAACUUUGAUGCUACGACACCAGUCAAAAGACAACAUGUUCUUCGUGGUGGUUGUUUUUCAAAUGGCGUGUUGGUAUGCACAGUACUGACGUAGCUAUCGUAUACAGGCUUAGCCGACGAGUAAAAAAAUCAUUUUUCUAACUAAUUUUUAAUAACACGCGAUUUUAUAUUGCAUAGAGAUAAUUACACAAAAAGGAUUAUUUAAUUUGAUUAUUUAUAAUUUAGGAGAAGGGGGAUUCUGAUUUCUAAUACAGUGUGCUUUGAAUAAAUGUUGAUGAGCGAGAGAGAGCGUGGUUUUUCGUUGGUGUACAUAUAUGUUCCCCAUCUAUAAAAGUUUUUCGUCAACCGGUUGAUUGAUGGUAUCCUAGCUGUAGAUAUUGUUAUUUUUGUAGUAUUUUCGGUUGUUUGUUUGUUUAUCUAUAAUUCGCUAUGCAUUCAUAUUUAAUUAGAGAUGAUGUUAGAAUGUUUUUCCAGUCAUAUUAGAAUAUGGCUUGAAACAGGAUAUAUAGUAGAAUUGUUUAAUUUUUACUUUGUUGGAUGAAAAAAAAAAUUUCAUCCGAAUCUGCAAAGUUUUAAAACUUCUACAAUGUCGUAAUUUAAUGUUGCUGUUUUUUUAAGAUGUUAGAUAAUUUGUUAACAUUUUCAUGAAGUUUUUUUGCAGUGAGGUUAGUUAAUUUUUAUAUUAUUUUUGAUAAUUUAUUAAUUUACGCACGGUGUAUAUAUUUUGUCGGUUCACUGUUUUUGUUUUGUAGCGCGUUGAACGUGAAUGCUUCAUUUCUAAAAUUUAACAUUUUAAAGAGAGUUACGUUUAAUGAAAUAACAGAAAAUUAGAAAUGACAAAAUAUGUUCAGCCUUUUUGUUUCAAUUUUUUUUUACGUUUGCAGAAAUUGUCAAACGUGAAAUUUUAUAUGCCUGCCUGUUUUGUUAACACGUCGACAUUUGUGUCGGUAAUUGUGUCGGCAUUUGCUGAGUGCUGACAUAAAUUAGAAAUGUUAAUUUUUUAUCGUUGUUAAGUAGUUAAUUAACGUCAAAAUGGAAAACGCGUUAAAUUUAAAAUCGCGUUAAAUGAGUUAAACCUUACUGAAAUAAGGAAUGACCUUGACCGUACUGGUUAUCGCGUAUAUUAGUUUUCAGACAAAUUUUGCGUAUAUUUUAUUUCGUGAACUAUAUGUUAAACAGAGGCACAACAAAACCCCGAAAGUUAGCAAACGCGAAAAUUAGUUAAAACCAGGUAGUAAUUUAGUCAUUCUUUGUGAGGGAGGGUGUUUUACACUCCUAAAAUAUCAAUUUUACGAAAUCAGAAAUUUGUUGUACACGUUUUUUGUAAAAGAAACAUAAUUUUUGAUUUCAAUCGGAACGUUUCUGAGCUUAUCUGAAAAUGUAGAGCCUGGACGCUGUAUAUCUUUAAAAUUCUUUUCAUCCAGAGACCCGUCAAUCUACUUUUUCAAUUUCUUUAAUAUUUCGGGAGUUACCAGUUGCAGGUACGUUCUUGUUCUCCAUCAUGGGCGAUUUAGUCAGAUUAAUAAUGUUUAUCCUUGUUUCUGAUUUAGCCAUAUUUCUUUUGUAUUUAUGACGUUAUUUUUGAUGAAUUUUUGCAUGUUAUGGAUAACUGAGACCAAGAUAAUUGAGACUUUGAAAAUAUUUAAAUUUAGUUACGUGUACGUAUAUGUUGAAAUUUAGUGAACAGUUUUUGUAAUGAUAUGGCUCUGCUUCA